UUUCAUUUUACUUCACUUUUAAAUGGCCAAAUAUUUCAAAUUUUAAAACUAUUUAUAGUCUUUUUCUCACGUUUUACAUUUCCAUAAAUCUCCUGUUAACAUACAUUUUCUUUAUUAUUAAUAGCCUAUAUUAUUGCAUUACUAUAUUCAACAAAAUGGGGAGAAAGUCACAGUCAAAACUAAGUUCUAAGAAGAAUGAUAAAGAAAAUAACAGGAUAAUACAAAAACGCAAAGUGCUUGCCGUUCUUGUGGAUAAAUUACUUCGACUUUCAAGCAUUAUAACUCAAGGCUCUAACAUUGCGAACAGUUGGGAGCAUUACAAACAAAUUGAAGCUAUCAUUAAAGAAAUUAUAAACAUAGAAACUCAUUUCAAUACUAAAACUAAACAAAAUCCACGUCACUUCAACAUAGAAAAUUUUUUGAAAUGGUUAAAUGAAAAUGGAGCCAUUUUUGAAGGACUGGAGAUAAGUGAAUUUGAGGGCUAUGAACUUGGAUUGAAAGCAACCAAAAACUUCAGCGAGGGUUCCUUAUUGCUGAUGGUGCCGAGUAAGCUAAUGUUGACUGAGCAGAAUGCCAGGGAAUCUGAACUGUCACCUUUUAUUAAUGUGGAUCCACUCCUUCAAAACAUGCCCAACAUAACAUUGUCAUUAUUUUUAUUAUUGGAAAAAAAUAAACCAGAUUCUUUUUGGAAACCAUACAUUGACAUUUUGCCAGAAAAAUACUCCACUAUACUUUAUUUCACUUCUGAAGAAUUAUCUGAACUCAGGCCAUCUCCAGCCUUUGAAUCAGCCCUAAAACUUUAUAAAAGUAUAGCAAGACAAUAUGCAUAUUUCUACAAUAAAAUACAUACCUUGAAUAUACCAGUCUUAAAAGAUCUUCAAGAAAUCUUCACAUUUGAGAACUACAGAUGGGCGGUGUCCACCGUGAUGACGCGGCAGAACAUGAUACAGAUGGAUAACUGUGACGUCACUUCUUUCAUACCCCUAUGGGAUAUGUGCAAUCAUGAACACGGAAAGAUCACGACCGACUAUAACAAGGAGCUAAAUAGAAGUGAGUGCUAUGCCCUUCGCGAGUUCCAACAGGGCCAGCAGAUCUUCAUAUUCUACGGUGCAAGAUCCAACGUUGAUCUUUUCUUACACAAUGGUUUCGUAUAUCCGAAAAACCAACAGGAUAGUCUGUCUCUAUCACUUGGUAUAAGCUCAAGUGACCCACUGCGCGAGAUGAAACUCUCGCUACUUAAUAACUUGGGUCUUGACAGCGUGACUCACUAUAACCUGUACCGUGGUGAUAUACCUGUCAGCGCCGAGCUACUUGCUUUUAUAAGGAUAUUUAACAUGAAUCAAGAUGAACUAACGAAGUGGUCAAGCGUAGGUUUGCCCAGCGAUCUGGUGUCAUCUGACCCCACUAGCAGCGAAUCAGUGGGUGCUGACAUCGACCGUCGCGCGUACAAAUACCUUCUCACACGUUGCGAACUUAUACUCGCUUCGUACAAUAAAAUAAACAAUGCGGGUAUAGAACAAAAUGGACUUGAGUCUACACACAGGAAAAAUGUCAAGUUACUGAAGGAAUGUGAAGUACAAAUAUUGGAAGAUGCCAUAAAAUAUCUAGAGAUCGUUUUACAAAAAUUACCCACCAUGAUAGUACAAACAUAGAUUAUUGAAAUCGAGUUUAGAGAUCUGGGUUUGAAACAAUUUUUAUCAGUAUUUUGUCACAAAAUAAUAGUAAGUGAGAAAUUAAUCAUCGAUUUUAUUAUUUUUAAGCUUUAUUUUAUAUAAGAAUGAUUUUUUCAUGACAAUACUUAAUUUUUUUUUAUUUGUAUUGUUGUGUUUUAUAUUCUAUUGUUUUAUUUUAUUGUAACUCGUGUGCAAUUUUGUUUUGAUUAAAUUUAAUGUUGUUAAAUAAAUAUGUUUUAUUUAAGAAGAGUUAAUUUUAGAUAGGGUUUUAUUACUUAACAUUCGUUAAUUUAGUAACACUAUUUAAAAUUUAAUAAUGUCUUCUUUGUCAGAGAGGGAUAGUAAAUUAGUUUUAAAAGUAAAUCAAUUCUAAAGAAAUAUACUCCAUUAGCUUUUUCUAAUCGGCUAGUUUCGUUAACGCGGCUAUUUUCAAAUAUACUAUUGCUAUUAUAAAAAAAGUAAAAUGAUUAAGCCUGAUUUUUUAAAGAAACUAUUUAUAUUUUCAUACUAACUGGCCACUCAACGGUUAACAUAUUUGUAAACAGAUUCUAUCAUAAAACAAACAAUAUUUUCAGUGGUAAGCUUUACCACAAUAAUCAGUAAAAUUAUGAGCGUUCGAACGCACAAACAAACAGAAAUCUAAGAAUCAUUGUUUUUAGUACAAAACGUUUAUGAUUUACUUUUUAAACCUAAUAUAGUUAUUCAUAUAUCUUUUAUGUAUAGACAGACAUCUGUUAUAUCGCAUUUCUAUUUAAAUAUAUAGC